GCUGUGGCGCGCAACCAUGGCCACUACCUUCCUCAGCUGCGGUCCGUUUUUGCGCCAACACUCUCAUUUCUCCAAAUUCUUCUUUUCCAGCUCCAAAGAUGCCGCCGAUGCUUCUUCCACAUCGUCAUUACCAAAAUCAACUACUACCUCUUACACCCGUCGAUGGUACAACCCCUCCAGCCGAAGACAAUUGAACGAAGAAGGUGUUCAAAUUCUACGCCACUGGAUUGAGGCGGAUCAACCUUCCGCUUCUGAAGAAAAGUUUAGUGUGGUGUCAUACAACAUAUUGGCGGAAAGGAAUACAUGGAAACACAGAGGUUUGUAUCCCAACGUUCCUUCACCGUACCUGAAAUGGAACCAUCGUAAGAGAGUUAUAUGUGAGGAACUUCUUAUGUGGAACCCUGAUAUAAUCUGCUUGCAGGAAGUGGAUAAGUAUUUUGAUGUUUCAGAAAUCAUGGAGAAAGCAGGUUACGUUGGGUCAUACACGAGACGAACUGGAGACGCUAUUGAUGGAUGUGCUAUAUUCUGGAAAGCUGACAAGUUUCGACUGAUAGAUGAAGAGAGCAUCAAAUUCAAGAUGUUCAAUCUUCGUGAUAAUGUUGCUCAACUUUCUGUGCUGGAGAUGUUCAAAGCUAAUUCAAGAAGAUUACUAAUUGGUAACAUCCAUGUGCUUUACAACCCAAGCAGGGGGGACGUCAAAUUAGGUCAAAUACGUUAUCUGUUGUCAAGGGCAGAGAUUCUUUCUAAGAAAUGGAGCAAUCUUCCUUUUGUUCUUGCUGGUGAUUUCAAUAGUACUCCUGAGAGCGCAAUAUACAAGUUCUUAUCAUCAUCGGAGCUAAAUUUCAUGUCCUAUGACCGAAGAGAACUGUCUGGACAAUCGGGAUGUCAUCCCGCUAAAGUUUUGGGUGUAAAGAAAGAAGUGUGCACACCUUUUUUCUGUUUGGGAAGUCAAACAAAAGGUCUCUGGACUGAAGAAGAGGUGAAAGUUGCUACUGGCAGUGCCGACUGCAAAGUGGUGACGAAUCCCUUUAGGCUUACCAGCUCCUAUGCUACAAUAAAGGGUCCUACUACAACACGGGGAUCCACUGAUGAACCAUUGGCUACUUCCUACCACUCCAAGUUUCUUGGAACUGUCGAUUAUAUUUGGUACUCUGAUGAUCUUAUUCCUAUAAGGGUUGUUGAUACUGUUCCAAUUGAUAUUCUUCUGAAAACAGGCGGCCUUCCAUGCGAGAAGGUGGGCAGCGAUCAUUUACCCUUGGUUUCUGAGAUUGCCUUCAUAAGAACAUCAGAAGAAAGCAAUAGCCAAUAACUACAUCUAAGUAAUGAUUUCAGACUUUCAGCAAAAUUGCUAUCAAAGUAAGCACAAUAAUUAGCGGUCUACCUUAAAACAUUAUGAACACUGCUUGAAUGAAACUAAAAGUGGACUCUAGUUUUCUUUUCCCUUUUUUUUUUUUCUUUUGGUAUUUAGAUAAAGAAUUUGAAAUACGUGUAGAGGUAUUCUUUGUGAACUAUAGGUGAAUCAGAUAUAGAUCAUAAUAUUAAAAGCUAGGUUAUGUUGUGUUGUUAUUUUCCAUUUGUUUGUUACAGUAAAAGUAUUGUCGGUGAUUUGAACCUCCAACAUUGAGAAAAUAAAUAGAUGUUAAUUACUACUAA